AGGAAGUAAAUGACUUUCACAGAGAUCCUCCUACCGGUAGAAUGUCACUACCGUCUGUAUUUGGAGCCUUUUAACUUACAGCUAAACAGUCCUCAUUCAUGUUUUAUUUGUUUAACGGAUUAUUCAGAGAGACAAUGUGGCUAUUAAAGUCGCACCACACCUACAGAUGAGGACGCUCCUUUUUGGUGCUUGGGUGGUGUUCUAUGUUUCAGUUCUUUUAGCAGCUCGAAGGAUGUGGACUGGAAAGUAUUCACGAAGUCCACUUGCCCGGACUCUUUUCAUGAACGCGUUAAACAGCUCGGAUUUUAAUGCACAAGGAGUGCAAGAGUGGUAUCGCUGCUGUCCUGACCUGUUAGGUGAGAAGAUCCAGCCCUUGUUUGUGCAGAGUCAUUUAGAUGAAGAUACUGAAGCUUUCCUUCAGAGGAGUGUGGAGAAAUCUGGCUGGGUUUUUACCCAACUCUACCACUCACUCUUCUCCACCAUCUUCAGCCCCAUCAUGUCAAGAACAUCCAUCAAUGGGUUUCUGGGCCGAGGCUCCAUGUUUGUUUUCUCACAGGACCAAUUUCGCAAACUUCUCCAAAUCAGUCCAGACUGGAGAGGAGAAAGACUGCUGGAUCUCGGAGCUGGGGAUGGAGGUGUCACCGAAGUAAUGGGAUCUCUUUUUAAAGAGGUUUAUGCCACUGAGGUGUCACUUCCAAUGAGGUGGCAGCUCCAAAGAAAGAGCUACAGGUUGUUGGAAAUUGAUGAGUGGCAAAAGACAGGAUUCCAGUAUGACAUUAUCAGCUGUCUGAACCUCUUGGACCGAUGUGACGAACCUUCACAGCUGCUCAGGGACAUCAGGAAGGCUCUGGUGCCUGGCACAGGACGGCUGAUCCUUGCAGUAGUUCUACCCUUUCAGCCUUAUGUGGAAAUAAGAGGAAGAUGGGUGCGUCCAUCAGAGCACAUCCGCAUGGAAGGCACGACUUGGGAGGAGCAAGUUAAAAACCUGUCUGAUGACAUAUUCCUCAAUGUAGGAUUUGAGGUGGAAGUGGUGACACGCCUGCCAUAUUUAUGUGAGGGAGAUAUGCACCAGGAUUAUUAUGUAUUAGAUGAUGCAGUGUUUGUACUGAAGCCUCGGGAAUGAGGUCCAAGUUGACUUGUCUCCAUUAUAAGAAACUUGAAUUCACUUAAAUGGCCAUCUAGACGUUUAUAGAAAUAUAGCUGCAGAUAAAUCCUUUACAAUAUACUGAAUUCAAAUUCUAAACAUUCCUCUAUUGUAGUAAGAGGAUAUUAAAGCCAUGGCAAGGACAUUUCUUUAAAAGUUAUUUUGGUGUUUAGUGUAUGACUUAUUGUUUAAGUAUUUUAAAUGAUACAAUUAAUUAACUGCUACAUUAAGAACCACCUUUGACACUCAGAUGUGUAAAGAUAUCCAGGUCAUUGUAGAUAAUGGAAACAAGAAAUUCUUACUGUCUGAUUUAAAACUGGGCCACUUGGCCUGUUGUGCCUACUCUCUGCAUACUUACCUGAUGUUUCUGAUGAAGGAUCGGUAAGCUAUGUCCAGACCUCAUUUGAACACUAGAUUAUGAGUGAUGCACAGUUUUUAGGAUUUGUUUACACAGACUCUGGAUUCAUUUCCAGCCAAGUGCUGGCCUGGUGCUGUUGUAUUUAAUAAUAUAACUGGCCUGUUCAUAAUGUCUUGUCUGAAGUAUUUUCAAUAAAAAAACAACAACAUGGCAAACCACA